AUACUCUCCACCCUCCACCUUGGAAACUGUCGACACCGUUCUGUAGACGUCUUAGACGGGAUGUCUAAACCCUAAACCUCGGAGUGGCCAAGCCUGUCUUUCAAAGUUUCAGGUGGAGAAUUCUGUAAUUCUUGUGGUUAAGAGUUAAGACUAAAAUGGUAGGAAUAAGGGGGUUGGUGAAGAAGGGUUUGGGAGACAUGGGCUUCAACGCUGGCGGCGGAGCCAUCAAUUGGUUCCCAGGUCACAUGGCUGCAGCUACACGAGCCAUUAGAGACCGCCUUAAGCUAGCGGACCUGGUAAUUGAGGUCCGCGAUGCUCGCAUUCCCUUGUCGUCUUCCAACCAGGACCUUCAGUCUCACCUCUCCUCCAAACGCCGCCUCAUUGCCCUCAACAAGAAGGACCUUGCCAACCCCAAUAUCAUGCACAAAUGGAUUCGUUAUUUUGAUUCAUGCAAGCAAGAUUGCAUUCCCAUAAAUGCCCAUAGCAAGAGUUCUGUUAACAAGCUUCUUGAGCUUGUGGAGGUGAAAUUGAAGGAAGUUAUUUCAAGAGAACCUACACUUCUUGUUAUGGUUGUCGGCGUUCCUAAUGUUGGGAAAUCAGCUUUAAUUAACUCGAUCCAUCAAAUUGCGUCGUCUCGGUUUCCUGUGCAGAAGAUGAAGCGGGCUACAGUGGGUCCAUUGCCUGGUGUUACUCAAGACAUUGCUGGAUAUAAGAUUGCUCACCAGCCUAGCAUAUAUGUACUGGACACUCCAGGUGUCCUGGUUCCAAGUAUUGCAGAUAUAGAGAUCGGCUUAAAGCUUGCUCUCUCAGGGUCAGUGAAAGAUUCUGUGGUGGGGGAGGAGCGUAUUGCUCAGUAUUUACUUGCUGUUCUAAAUACGCGAGGAACUCCUCUUCACUGGAAAAGCUCAAACAGUCGAAGAAUGGAGGGCAUUCAAAAUGAAUUUGCUGAAAAAGUUGAAUAUAGCCUUAAAAAUUUACGUACAAGGAGGAAGCCAGCAAAUAAUUCUGGUGUUUUGUACAUUGAGGAUCUUGCUGCCGAAGUACAAAAUGCACUGUAUUCGACUCUUGCAGAAUUUAAUGGCGAUGUAGGAGAUGAAAAUGACUUGGAGAGACUCAUAGAGCAACAGUUUGAGUCACUGCAGAAGGCACUGAAUAUACCUCAUAAGGCGUCUGAAGGUCGUUUAAUGGUAUCCAAGAAGUUCCUUACGUUAUUCAGGGCAGGUAAACUUGGCCCCUUUAUCCUUGAUGAUGUUCCCGACACUAAUACCUCAUGAUGUCAUUUCUAUUUUCUAGCGUGUAAAAAUCUAUUAAUCUAUAUAGUUUCAUUGGUUCGCUUUGUAUAUCUGGUGAUUUUAUUUGUGCUUUUGAGCAAUUUUUGUUGAUAUUAUUAAUUUUAUUAGUAAGUGGAUCUUAAUAUAGGCAUCUAGGAACUGAUAAGCAGUCUUCUCUUGCUUCUUUCUCCAAUA